GUUAGUCCGCCAUUACAACAACUUUCUAUUCCGAAUCAGCUGUGAGAAAUCGGAGAAUGUGAUUUUCCUAUAAUUUACAAUAAUACGUUUGUACAGUUUUAAAAAAAUAUGUACAAUUAAUAGUGAAAAAGAAAUUGUUAUAUUUUAUUUGGAAGUUAGUCAGCUAUACAUGUCAGAAUGGAUGGCAGUUCUGAGCAGCCAUCUAGCCUGCAGUCGAUAUGUCAUGUUCGAGCAUGUGAACUAUUUCCGAAACGAACUCUUCAGGCUGAGGAUGUUCAUCUGUCAGUGCCAUUUGUACCUGUGUGUGGUGAAGGUGUUGAGUUCCUUGGGCGUACUGUUGACGGCAUCCUGGCUCUUUCCAACUACCGGCUCCAUCUGCUGCUGAAAGAUACAUACUACAGUAUACCCUUGGGAUUGAUAGAGGUCAUAGAAGUUAAGGACAUCUUCUGUCUACACAUUGGCUGCAAGGAUGCGCGCUUACUCAGAUGCACAUUUACCACAAAUGAGCACUGUCUUGAUUGGUUUCAUCGAAUUCACAAGGCAACAAUGGCUCCCGCCAGCAUUGAAGACUUAUUUGCUUUUGCAUUUAUGGCUUGGUCAAGUGAGGAGGGGGGUGAAGAAGUUGCUGCGCGUCUUGGGGGCAGCAGAGAUGCCCCGACAGGCAUCUCGUCCUUCCAUGCAGAGGUGGAACGCCUCAGGUUUGAUGUGCGUGGUGCCUGGCGCAUUUCACAGGCCAAUGUGGACUAUCGGCUGUGUGCCUCUUAUCCGCGACUGUUGCUUGUCCCAGCAUGCAUCACAGAUGAGACCCUAGAGACUGCUGCCCAUUAUAGGAGUGCACAGCGAGUGCCUGCCGUUGUGUGGAGGCAUACUGGCAAUGGGGCUGUGAUUGCUCGCUGCAGUCAACCAGAAGUGGGAUGGCUUGGCUGGAGGUCCGCUGCAGAUGAAAACUUGCUAAAGGCCAUUGCACAUGCAUGCGCGUAUGAUCAUGGGCGCUGCACCGUUGUGGACCGUGGCACAAUCAAUAAUAAGGCGGCUGAAAGUGAUAUUGAUGGAAACAGCUGCAAGAAGGUGCUGAUCAUGGACGCGCGUUCGUACACGACGGCCGUGGCUAACCGUGCCCGUGGUGGUGGCUGCGAGUGCCCCGAGUACUACCCGAGCUGUGAGAUCCAGUUCAUGAACCUGGCAAACAUUCAUUCAAUCCGCAGCAGUUUCCAGUCUGUACGACAAUUAUGUUCCUCUGCUGCAGACAUCUCAAAGUGGUUCAGUCAACUGGAAGGGACUCACUGGCUUCAUCAUAUGUCUGGCUUACUGCGGGCUGCUGUGACAGUAGCGUCUGCGAUAGAACAUGAAGAGCGGCCAGUCCUGGUCCACUGUUCAGAUGGCUGGGACCGCACACCUCAGAUUGUGGCCCUUGCAGAGCUGUUACUGGACCCGUACUACCGUACGAUUGACGGUUUCCAAGUGCUGUGUGAGCGGGAGUGGCUUGACUUUGGCCACAAGUUUGCUGAUCGGUGUGGGCAUGCAGUGGGGAAGGCUGACCCCAGUGAGCGCUGUCCUGUGUUCCUCCAGUGGCUGGACUGCGUACAUCAGUUGCUGCACCAGUUUCCCUGCAGUUUUGAGUUCUCACAGGCAUACCUGGUGAAGUUAGCACAACACACAUACUCAAACUUGUUUGGAACGUUCCUGUGCAAUUCAACGCAAGAACGCACAAGUCUGAAGGUUGCUGAGAGGACUUUCUCAGUGUGGAAGUUCCUCAAGGCUCCCAACUUCAGGAACCACCUGUACUGCACUUCACGAGAUGUGGUGUUGUGGCCUUCCUGCAAUGUGCGGGACCUCGUGCUAUGGAGUGAGGUAUACCUAGGUGCAGUGGAGACUAGCCAACCUCUGUCACCCGUCGGUGGUGCGGCAGCAACGCAGCAUGGUUCGGGUGCCGCUCUGAAUGGUGACCAUGGUUCAGCGCACCACAGUGGGCCUGCCUCAUCUUCUGCUCCAGUUGGCAAGACUCGUUCCUAUGAUGACUUGCUAGCCGCAGCUGAUCACGCAACUCAGAUGCAUCGGCGUUCCAGUGAUCCUAGUAUCGCUCUAGACACCAAGUUUGGUACUCUGAAAUUGGCCACACAUGAUGAUGAGGAAUCAGUGGAUGAGUCAGCAGAUCACUUCAUGUCACCAGCAGAAACAUCUCUCCUGCAGAGCAGUUCACAUCAUGUUGAAACCUUCUCCUCGCUUUCCAACUACAACAGUUUGUCUGCUGAGGGUAUUGGGGAUCCACGGCUUGCUGAUGAUUCAGAGGAUGAUGACAAUGAGGACACUACGACUGAAUCCAGAUCAGAGAUGACCAUCUGUGCUGUGACGACAAUUGCGAGCGUGGCAUCUGUGCCUCAGUCUGUGGACAGCUCUACGGACACACUGGUGGCUGGUGAUGUAAACGGAUGUAAUGGAGUUAUUAAAGCAUUGGAUGGUACCAUGUUUACUGAUGAAGAGAAUGGUGUCGUUCAGCCCAUCCUAGUUGCUAGUCGGGUUCUAGGGAGCCCGACAGUAGAGCUCCCAGGGGGUGACGUGUGCAGGGUUUGUGCCACUAGCCGACGAUUCCUGGCAGAUGGGAGUGCCAGUAGCUCCACCAGCGGGAAGACGUCCCGAUACUCCACUCCACCACUGUAUUCCCGCACCCCAAGCUCUGGAUAUCCUGCCACACCCAACGAUGAGAGGGCACCACGGCACCACCACUCUGGUGUUACCAGUCACCGCCCAGAUGACCUUGAUGGUUUAGCACCACUGCACAGUGAUGUUCAAUUGCGUCUCCAGCAAAUAAUUGCAGAACACAGGGCCAAAGAGGAUGCUUUACAGCGGGAGCUGUACACAACAAGACUAGCACUGAUUCAGCAGGUGUGUCACCAUUGCAACCACACCAAUGCUGAGAGACCUGACGAUGAUGGUUCGCUGCCGGAGUCAGUGUGCAGUGGGGAGCAGCCUUCAGCUGGAGAGUCUCUCCCCUCUGAUGUGUCAUGGGAAGCUGUGGAGGAGCGUGAGACGGGCCCAACCCUGUGGGUGCCAGACCACGCCGUUAAUCGGUGCAUGGGCUGCGACACCGAGUUCUGGCUCGGCAGACGAAAGCAUCACUGCAGGAACUGUGGGAAGAUCUUUUGUGCCGACUGUUCGGAGAACACUGUGCCUCUGCCAAAUGAGCAGCUGUAUGAUCCAGUUCGUGUCUGCAGCAGCUGCUUCUCGCUGCUGCACAAUGCGUCGGCACUACUCAAGCGCCAGCAGGUUAUUGGAACGGGCAGUACCAAUGGCUUUUUGGUAGAUAUGGAUCCACCAAAACCUUUACCACUGUCAGUUAUUAGUGGAGGGGGUAUGGACAGCUGUAAGCAGCAAGGAACUGAGGUGAAGUGCCCAAAACCUGUUGUCACUGCUGCCUCCACUUGAACAACUUCAGAGUGCAGGCUGUUCUAUUGGCAUUUGGCUUGAAAACGUAAGAGUGAGAUUUAUAACUUCAGUUUCUGUAUUUUAAUAACAAAUUAUGGAUCUGCAGGAAAAAUUUCAGAUGAGUGGAAUUUGAUGACAGAUGGAAACAUAAGUCAGAGACAUUUGCCUUUUUGUGUUUAAAUAAUGAGCUUUGUGACAGUUCCUGUCAUGCUGUAGACAGCUUGACCACCACCUACUUUACCCCCAAAGGCCAUAGUGUGGGAACAAAACAUGUAUUGUAGUUGAACACAAAAAAAUAUAUUCGAAAUGUUUGCUAGUCAUGAUGUAAUUAUUAUUUUGUAAAUUGGUAAUACUUGUACUGUAUAGCCUUGCCUCCCUGGUUCCCACUCUGUGGCUCUUGCACUGUACUGACAGGUGGCUUUGAAAUUCCUGUGUACCCUAUGAUGCAGUUUGUAAAUUUGUUGUGUACUACCAGGGUCCUUUCCCGGGGGUAAAGUGCAGCUGGGGUGUGAUGCUGACCACUCACCCCCCUCUAGUGCCAAGGAUAAUAAUGAGUAGGAGCUAUAUUCCCCCCCCCCCCCAAGUGCCUACAUGGCGCAUAGUGGGACUCCUUUACAUUUACUUUCAACUGUGCAGUGGAGAGCCAUGUUGAGAAGUUCUGUGAUGGGGGCAGCCUCCUGGAUUGGAUACAUACAGUAGAACCUGUUAUAAGUGUCUUCUGUCUGCGGCUUGAUGUACACAAGUUACAACCUUUUUUUUAAGACUUUACAGGAGUUUGAACAACUACACCCGUCACAUGAAAUUGUAUUAUAUUGUGUAGCAAAUAAAACCAGCUCAACCAUCUA